AUGGAUGCCAUUUUCAUAAUAAGAUUCAGAGAACUCUGCGAGCGUUCGACGUCACCGGACGUCACCGCGGUGCCAAUGAAUAUUCAGUAGAUACCUGCCAUAUUGGAGUCUGGAGGGAGGCUGUCAACACAAACGGAUAACACUAUGUCGGGAAGAUUUUUGUAAAGGCAUUCAGGGGGGAUCUCUAUGUAACACCCAAGGCCUGGGGGGUCAAAGCACCAGGCUAAGAGAAGCAUUAUGGCACGAUUGUCUCUGAGAUGUGUAUUCAUCACAAUAAUAUCACUUCUGACGGACUGUGGCUACUGCACUGGACCAUCUCUGAACCCGUUCCCGCUUGGCACAAUUGGUUGUCUUAACUCAGAUGUUUGUGACAGAGGGGAAAUCUGCAUUAACGAUUUAUUAUUUGGAAGUUGCCAGAGUGUCCUGACGUCUGCUGUGAAUGGUCACAGGAAGUUCCGCUUGGAGACUCAGCAGAUUGAGAAGUUGGAGAAAGAGAUCAAGUAUCUGAUAGGAGUUGGCUUCACCUGGAAGGACGCCUACACACAGUGCACACUGCAGAACAUCCUGGUUCACUUCCGGCACGGCCGCACGUUCAACCACCGGCUAUGUCAGGACGCCCUAGGAGUAGGCUCACCAGACUGGUCUGAGGAGAUCAACAAUGACAUCGCCAACGUCCUGGUGCAGCUGCUGGAGUCAGAGAAGGAUGGCAUUGAUGACCUCGCAGAGCAAGCCGAGACAUCAAGGGAGAUAGACUUGUUCAACUCUAACAAAAGGGAUGAGAUUGUCCAGGUCCACAAGUACUUUGACAAAUCAACCGGUCAGCUAAAACGCGAUCCCUUUAGACUUGACAGAGAUGCAUACACAUUUACAGACAGGGACGACAACUCGGACGCUUCAUUUGAUCAGGGGCAAUCCCUGGACGAUAACUUCAAUAGUCUGCUAACUUAUGGCAGCCAAGACGAUGCCCAGCAGGACAGAGAGGACACAGACUCCUCUUCACUCUUGCAGAAACUCUGGGGUUACAGCAAUGAGGAAUCAAGUGAAGACAGUGUCAGCGCCAUAUUGGACAAACUUCAAGUUCCAUCAGAGGACCAACUGAUUCUGCAGCAGCUUCUGGCAGACAAAGUUCAACCAAGUGAUCUUAGCAGUGAGCAGCAGAGGCGUCUCCAGAACAUUGUCUCCGGAUUAAUUGGAGUCCUGGAGAAUAAGAUCAAUAACAGAUACCAGAAACAAGACGACCUUCCAAAACAUCAGACACCAGAAGAGCUUCAUGACGAGGCUCCAAAGGAAAAGCCAAAUGGUAGCUCCCUAAACGACCUCGCUAAAGCACUGGCUCUGAAGUCGACAGGCGCAAGUCAGAAUGAAGACAAAACAGAAUUGUUCCUAGAUAAGAAAACUGUGGACGGAGCUGGGAACAAUAAACAGCUGGAAGCUCCGACCAAUACUGACCAAAAGCCAAGUGAUCAAGUGGUCAAGACUAAAGUUGUGGAUCCUCACUCCAUGUAUCUACAGCUAUCUGAAAAAGUGGACACUGCAACAGGUUUUCAGUUUGUCCAGAACUUUACAAAAUUACUCAAACUGCCACCUGGUCUUGUUUACCUUGUCAGAGUCGAGCCAGAACCAGGUGAGAUUAUCACAUUGGAAGUCAACACUGACCCGACUGGUCAGUGGAACGCGGAGAGGAUAGCCAAAGAAGCUCAAAAUGUUAACGACCAACUGAGCAAACUUUCUGGCAUCAGCAUUGAGGCCUCUGGCAUUGGUAGAGAUGGACAGCGUGUGGAGCUUAAACAAAACAAUCGCUAUGUCGUCCUGACCUUCAUCCUGGUGGGGACAAUAGCCGGCGUCCUGAUGGCAGUGGUCACCAUCUACCUGAUCAAGCGGCACUCCAGGUCCAAGCAGAAGUUGACCCAGCUAGCCACCACAGGAGACGGCAACGAAGCUUCAAAAGAUUACCAAGACCUCUGCAGACAGCGCAUGCAGGGCAAGACUUCCGAGAAGCCGGAACCACUCCAUGCUGCAUCGCGCAUCGGCAGCGUCUCUGAAACCCAAGUCAGAAGUCCUUCCAGCAGAAGUAGCACUUCCUCCUGGAGUGAGGAGCCAGCAGCCACUAACAUGGACAUCUCGACUGGUCACAUCGUACUGGCCUACAUGGAAGAUCACCUGAAGAACCAAGAUCGUCUGGACAGAGAAUGGGAAGCUGUCAGUAGCUACGUCGCUGACCCAUCCAGCACUAAAGUAGCCCUCGACCAAUCCAACAUGCGCAAGAAUCGUUUUUCAGACAUACUUCCUUACGACCACUCUCGAGUCAUCUUGUCAUCUAAUGCAAAUGUCUCCAACUCUGAUUACAUCAACGCCAGCUUCAUCACUGACCAUGACCCAAGAAACCCAGCUUACAUUUGUACCCAGGGACCACUGCCCCACACAGUUGCUGAUUUCUGGCAGAUGAUUUGGGAACAAGGAUCAGUUGUGAUAGUUAUGCUAACAAAACUAGCUGAGAAUGGUACAAGCCUCUGCCAUCGUUACUGGCCUGAAGAAGGAAGUGACCUUUACCAUAUUUAUGAGGUGCAUCUAGUUUCUGAGCACAUAUGGUGUGAUGAUUAUUUGGUAAGAAGCUUCUAUCUCAAGAACCUGCAAACCAAUGAGACAAGAACUGUUACCCAAUUCCACUUCCUUACUUGGCCUGAGUUGUCUGUACCUGCUUCUAUCAAGGCUCUGCUUGAUUUUAGACGUAAAGUUAACAAAUCAUUCCGUGGAAGGUCAUGCCCUAUCGCUGUUCACUGCAGCGAUGGAUGUGGUCGUUCUGGAACAUAUUGUCUUAUUGACAUGGUUCUAAAUAAGAUGGCCAAAGGUGCAAAAGAAAUAGAUAUGGCUGCCACUCUUGAACACAUCAGAGAUCAGCGUAUGUCUAUGGUUAAAACAAAGGAACAAUUCCAGUUCUCCCUUGCUGCUGUGGCAGAAGAGGUACAUGCUAUUUUAAAGGCACUUCCACAGUAGGAAGUCAGAACCAACAACAGUACAAUCAACCUCAGAACAAAAUCUACAAGUGUCAGUCUAUCCACUGUACGACCGUUUAACCAGCCACCUCUUUAAAUGUGUAACAGUCAAUGGAAGUCAUGAAGUCAGGUUGUUAUCUGGAUCGCAGUUAAUGUCUUGAGUUUGUCAACAAAAUUAAUUCAUCUUCAAUGCUGUGAAUGAUAAUUACAAAUACUAGUAUUUGUUUUUUUUUUUUCCUCUUUUUUUUUUUGGGGGGGGGGGGAGGGUUAUCAGGAGUUUUGACAUCCAGUUAAUUUGUUCAUUUUUGUGUGUAAUCUAUUAUUAUUAUGUUUAUGAAGUUUUAAUAACUAACCAACUCUUGAAAGUUUUUUUCCUUAUAUUAAAGUAAAAUAUAUGAACAUUUAUUAUUUUGAAAAUGUUUAGAUUUAUAAUAGAGCUGUGCAUUAUUAGGCUAAUCAAAAAAUGCUAUUAAUGUUAUCAAAUUAAUUUUAAUCACAAAAUAUAAUGUCAUAUUUGAAAUUAGUGUUUUUAUUGAAAACACACUGAAAAGACAAAAGGAAUUUGAAAUUUUAGCUAUAUAUUAUUGAUCAUAUAGAAAAGUAUUUUUAUUUCAUUGUAGAAUUUCAACUUUCUAUCAUGUUAAAACAAAAAUUAAAUUAUUUAAAACAUGUCCAAACUUAUCAGUUGGUUUUGAAUUUAGUUUAAUGUAGAAUACAUCCAUUUUUUUAUGUUUUUAUUUUUGUCGCAUUAUAAGUUUAUGAUAUGCUGAAUAUUUAUUGCAAUACAAAAUUGACAAAUUUUUACUUAGUAACAAUUUUAUUCCGACCAAACCAUGGCUAGUCAAACUUCACAUUGGCACAAUAUGAAUAAAUAAUGAGGAGCAAAGAAAUGGAGAGGGGGGGGGGGGGGCUGAACUAAAAACUUAGGCUACUUCAAUAUAAUAUUGUAAAAUGUGAAUGUAAAAAAUACAAUUGUGCAAUCCCGUUAGAUUUGUGGCUAGUGUUCUAGAGUGAUAAUAUUCAAAUAUCAACUGAUCUAUAUUUUUCUUCCUCGUGCAUUUUGUGAGUUAGCUGUGAUCCCACCCUCAAAACCUUUAAAAAAAAAGUUUAUGUUUUUUUUUUUGGUUUUUUUUUCAAAUUCUGUUCCCUCUCAAACUGAUGUGAUAUUGUACAUUGUGAGCAGAACUCAAUAAAUUGAUAUCAUUUUUGUGAAUGUCUUCAUAUAUAUAUGUAUUGCCUUCAUCCAACUUUUUUGUUUCAGCUCUGGACAACCAAAUAUUUAAACAAAAGCAAAAAAGAAAAUCGACUUUUGGAAUGAUUUAAAAACUAGUUUCUCUUGUUCCACAAUAAUCUACUCCACAUGUUUGUGUCAGUUCUCUCUAGAAGGAAAUACUUCAAAUAUUUUAUGUUUCAUUGUUACUCUGAGAAGUCCUACUAUUGAGUGUAGUGCAGAGCCCAGUCCUCAAUAAUAUGUACACUGUCUGGAAGUGAAAUAAAAGUCUAUCUGCAAUGGA